AUGACGACAUGUUUGCCUUGCCAAUCACGCUCUCGUCCGAGAGGUUUAAAAGGAGAUCGUCAGCGAGAAGAGGGAAGGUGCCGGAAACAGGAUUUGUUUGCGGUAUCGGAUCACUUUAGUUUGAUCAUAAAUAGACAGAAUCGUAAGGCUGAGAUAAAGAAUAGCAUUAUAGAUCAAUUAGUUGAGCUAAAUGUUCUUCUGACGUCAAGAGUUGGGGUGGUGGAAACUGACGGUCUGUUGAACCUUAGUGACGUGGCGUUGCCUUCUGUUAAUUUGGGAGAUGUGUGUAGUGGCAGAACUAACGUUGAAGCGGAGGUGGAGGCCGAAGCGGAUACGAAAGUUGGCUUGCCACCGUUUGACCCAUUAUCUCCUCUUUCUUCUGAUUCUAGAGACGAUACGCGACUGAAAGUUCGCUUGGCUCGUCUUCAUUAUGAUGCACAGGAGCGUACUCAGACACGUCGGGCUGAAAUUGAUUUACGUUUGCAGAUACGCAAAUUGGAAAUCGAGGCUGAGACGCAGGUGAGGCUGCGCCAGCUCGACCUUGACGCAUCGAAGGUUGCUAAAGAGCCUGUUACACGGCCAGGUUCAGUUCCUUUAUCGGCUGUUCCUCCGGUGGUUGAGUCAUCCCACUCCAACUUUGACGUACCGCCUUCUUUGGAUUCUAUUGGCUGUCUUUGUUGUCAUUCAUCAUUAGUAGACUAUGACGACAUGUUUGCCUUGCCAAUCACGCUCUCGUCCGAGAGGUUUAAAAGGAGAUCGUCAGCGAGAAGAGGGAAGGGUGUGUGAUGUUUUGGGUUGUGGCGGUUGUGUGCACCCGCGCUAUUUAUGCUGCGCCUUUUGGUUUUAACUCUCUCUUUGGGUGGCGCAGUUAGAGCUAUUUUAUUGUUCUGUUAACAAACAUGUUAACAUUUUUGUCACAACCUAAUUAUUGUCAAUGGUUAAUCUUUGCCAGCUUGCUGCUGUUUUGGAAGACAAGGAAGGAGUGGAAGAGUUUAGUAAGUCACGUGACCUACAUACCUGCACGUAGAGAAUUUUGAUGUAUUAGACACAUUAGUUUAUUGGUGUGCGCUUUUUCUGUAUGUUUUGCUUUGCAUAUUUAGUGUAGUUUAUGACGCUUUUGCGUUGAAGAUUUUCUUUUCCCUUUGUCUUUAUUUUAAUAGUUUAGGGGAACUGGGAAUUAGUUAGUACGUGGGAUUCUUUCAUUAUUUUUAUUUUAUGAUUUAAGCGCCGCUUUACAUUUCCUCCUUUUCCUUUGUCUUGUUUAAUAACUAAAUUCUUGGGAACAAUAAACCUUUUCUUGAGGUAUAAUUUGUGUCAUGUGUUCCAUUGCCACUUAUUCCCCUGGCGUAUUUCUUAUGUCAAAUUAUUGUUACCUCUUUAAAACCCUAGUCUAAAUUUACAUCAGAGGCGUAACAGUUA